AUUUGAGAUGAGCGCCUAACCCUAACUUCCUUGUUAUUACCAUAACAUACGGAGAAGCAGAAAAUAAGGUGUCAUUUGGGAAACGGGUAUGUACCUUUCAAGCGAAGAAGCCUGGGCCACGUAGCCUAAAGCUCCACCAGCGUCUGUGUCUACCCCGUCGUUUCUACCCUUCUCUCGGCCUGUAAGCUGCGAUGCUGUGCUGGGGCAGUUCGGCUUUGGGUCAGCUCGGUCUCGCCGUGUCCGAGGCGGCCGUGCUUGAGCCGCGAAGCUGCUGCGUGUUCGAUGGUAGAGGGCUGAAGGAGGCAGCGUGCGGCGGGCAGCACUCGCUGUUCCUAAUGCACGACGGGAGCCUCUACACGUGCGGGUCGAACAGCCACGGACAACUGGGUCACGAGAAGCCUGGAGUCAAGCCUGAGCUGGUCGGUGCGCUGGAUGCCCAGAAAAUUGCAGGCGUGGCAUGUGGGCAGGCCCACUCUCUGGCACUGAGCGAGCAAGGGCAAGUGUUUGCAUGGGGCGCAGGUGAACGGGGGCAGCUGGGUCUCGGCACAGCGGAGGAAGCCAUCAGAGUUCCACGAUUGAUCAAGAAGUUGUGUGAACAUCGGAUUUCACAAGUCAUAUGUGGCAACCAGCACUGCAUCGCACUUUCUAAAGAUGGUCAGCUGUUCACAUGGGGUCAAAACUCGAGCGGGCAGUUGGGUUUGGGAAAAGGGGAGACGAGCUCUUUGUCUCCUCAGCCCCUCAAGUCUCUGUGUGGGAUUCCUCUGGCUCAGAUCAGUGCUGGAGGAGACCACAGCUUCGCCCUUUCCCUCUCUGGAGCGGUGUUCGGCUGGGGCAGGAACAGUGCUGGACAGCUGGGUCUUAAUGACGAGCAAGAUCGGGCUGUUCCCUGCCAUAUUAAAUUCUUGCGCUCACAGAAGGUGGUCUACAUCAGCUGUGGGGAGGAACACACAGCCGCUCUAACCAAGGACGGAGGUUUAUUCACGUUUGGAAAUGGGUCGAGAGGACAGUUGGGACACGACACCACCAACAACGAGCCUCUACCACGCAGAGUUUUGGAGCUCAUGGGCACUGAAGUGUCCCAAAUCGCCUGUGGCAGACACCACACGCUGGCGUUCGUGCCCUCCACCGGCUCAGUGUACGCUUUCGGCUGUAACGCUCAGGGUCAGCUCGGCCUAGGGACCAGAGGAAAUGCCAUGAUUCCCCUUCCGGUCCGAAACAUCCAGUCUUCUUUUCUCAGCACACAAACGGGCACUGAUCAGUGCAGCAUCAGCAGGAUUCACUGCGGAGGUGACCACAGCUUUCUGGUGCUGUCACAUGACAUGAGUAGCCCGGAGGACUUCCGCGUUAUCAGCACAUCAAGAAGCAUCUCCCUGAUUAAUAAGGAGAGUCUAAACAGUUGGAGGCUGAAGCUCCUGGACGCCUCUGACUCCAGCAUUACCAAUGACAUCAUUCUGCUGUUAUCCUCGACCGCAUGCUGGAACGCCAGCUUCCUGGACCAGAGUGACGACUGUCAUUUUAAAACCAACCCCAAAGUCCCCGGAAUCGACCUCAAAUCAGUCAGGCUGCUGUUUGAGAUGCUGAUGAAGCCCACCUACUCACGGCUGCUGGAGCAGACCACGAAGAGCUUCGAGAGUUUGCUGAUCCCUCAGCUCCCCUGCUCUCCUCCUGAUGUAGAGGCAAUGCGCAUUUAUUUGAUCCUCUCCGAGUGUCCAGCUCUGCACGAGUCCAAAAACUACAUCUCCCUCACCAUCCCACUCGCCAUGGCCAUCCUCCGGCUAGACGCCAACCCCAGCAAAGUGCUCGAUAACUGGUGGUCACUGCUGGACGGUGAGGUCUUCUCCAGGUUGGUAGAGAUGUAUAAGAGCAUUGUGGUGUUCCUGCUUACUGGUGGCAAGGCCCUGCUCAUUCCUGUCUUUCUGGAGAGCUACAUUAGCGCAACGCUGAAACUGCUAGAGAAACUACACAAGGUGAACCAGAAAGCCCACCGUGUGGAGUACAACUGCUUCUACAUCCCUGACAUCACCAGCCUGGUGGACAUCCAGGAAGACUACCUCAAAUGGUUCCUAAGCAAAGCUGAGAUUAAAAUGCGAUCUCCUCCAGCGCAGAAUUCGGUUACCUUGUGCGCCUAUCCGUUCAUAUUGAACGCUCAAGCUAAGACGACCAUGUUGCAGACUGACGCCGAACUACAGAUGCAGAUGGCGGUGAGCGGCGCCAACCUGCACAACGUGUUCAUGCUGUUAACCCUGGAACCCUUGCUGGCACAAAACCCGUUUCUCGUCCUGCACGUACGGAGGGAUCAUCUGGUCAGUGACGCGCUGCGUGAGCUCACCAUCUACAAUGACGUGGACUUGAAGAAGCCCCUAAAGGUGAUUUUUGACGGAGAAGAGGCAGUGGAUGCAGGAGGAGUAACCAAAGAAUUCUUCUUGCUGCUGCUUAAAGAGCUAAUGGAUCCAGUCUAUGGCAUGUUCACUCAUUAUCCAGAAUCCAACCUGCUCUGGUUCUCUGAUAAAUGUUUCGUCGAACACAACUGGUUCCACCUGAUCGGGAUCAUCUGCGGACUGGCUAUCUACAACUCCACCGUGGUGGACCUGCACUUCCCUCUCGUGCUCUACAAGAAGCUUCUCGACGUUCCUCCUGUCCUGGAUGAUCUGAAGGAGCUGUCCCCUACUGAGGGCAGGAGUCUUCAGCAGCUGUUGGACUAUGAGGAGGAUGACAUAGAGGACGCCUUCUGUCUCAACUUUGCUAUUAGCCGCGAGUAUUAUGGAGUAACGGAGGUGAAAGAGCUCGUCCCUGGAGGAGAGAACAAGACGGUGGACAAGUCCAACAGAGAGGAGUUUGUGCACGCCUAUCUGCAGUACGUGUUUACCGAGUCGGUGCGAGAGCUCUACUCUGCAUUUGCCAGCGGUUUCCUGAAGGUGUGUGGAGGCCGAAUCCUCUCCCUGUUCCAGCCCUCUGAGCUCAUGGCCAUGGUGGUGGGCAACAGCAGCUACAACUGGGAGGAGCUGGAGAAGAAUGCGAGCUACAAGGGCGAGUUCUCGGCUUCCCACCCUACAGUCCGGAUGUUUUGGGAGGUGUUCCAUGAGUUUCCCUUGGAGAAAAAGAAACAGUUCUUACUGUUCCUGACAGGCAGCGACCGGAUCCCCAUCCACGGCAUGUCCAGCUUGCGCAUCAUCAUCCAGUCGACGUCUGCAGAGGAGCACUUCCUGCCCGUCGCUCACACCUGCUACAACCUGCUGGACCUGCCGUGCUACAGGAGCAAGGAGACGCUGCGUUUGAGGCUCACCCGCGCCAUCGAGCAGUACGAAGGCUUCAGCCUGGUGUGAGAACAUCAUCUCCUUCACACACACACUCGCACUUUUACAGAGGACGGACGACGUCUGAUCCCUCACACAGAGCUGCUCGAACAGUGUGAGUAGGGCCGUAUACAGAUGCUGAACUCUGAGUGGAUUGAACCUUUUAUUGGAUUUUUUUUUUUUGGAGUGUUUGUGCAAGAAAUCUUGACGUGCCCAUCGUUAUUCGGAGCACUUUUCACUUUUCCGGGUUCUUUCACUCUCAGGAUCGUGUACGGUAAACAAAUCUGAGGUCCUACACCGAGACGGGACUCAGUUCUCGGUACCGGGGUCUCCGCUCUGUUUGGAGUCGCACCGGGCCGCUUUUUUCCUUUCAGGUGUAUGUUUUGCUGAAUCUUAAUUUUAUUCCUUUUUUGCUUUAGCGCUUUGUGGGAAAGAGCGAACUCUGUAUACGAACAGAAACAAGUCCUCGUCCUCAGCGCUUUUUUACUGGAGAUGUCCAGACCUGCUGCUGAAGCGCCGGAGGACGGAACAAGCCAUUAUAAGCAGAAGGAAAAAAAAGCCUAUUAAUCCUCUCUUGUUCAUUCGACCAGCGCAUUCCUGCGAAUCCGUUUCCAACUUUUGCCUUUAAUACGAGCCACUAGCGAGGAACGCCUUCAGCUUUCCGUUUGUUCUCCAACCCCCACCCCUACUUUAGCGUGCAUGCUAGCGUGACGUCCGGAGUGCAAGCUGAGCCUGCUAAUGACUGUUCAGUGCCACAAUAAAUACGUAUACAGUUAUCCCAAAAAAAUUGAUUUAUGGUUGGAAGAAGAAAAAAAAGACGACGGCUGUGAUUGACACGUUUUUUUUCUGUAUGAGGGACAAGAUCCAGCAAUAACUGGGUGAUGUAAUGUGUAAACGGGUUUGAUUUGAUCUCCAGUCUAUGCACAACCACGACUCUGUGGAAUGAGUGGGAGCUGAACGCAGGUCCUGUGCAUGUCCUCAGUCCAGGGUGGAGAUUCCUGCUCUAACACUACUGAUUUAACCCCAGCAGUUAAAGGGGAAGUCAGUAAUUGUUUCUGUAGUAAUUCCCAGUGAUAGAAAAUAUACACUCUGAGGAGAAAGUCUCUGUGGACCACCAGGACACACCAAGUGAGCCUGAGGGGGCGUCUCUACUUACUGUUUUGCUGCUUGCACAGAUUUGCAAUCAAGCAUAAGCAACACAUAUUUGUGUGUGUGUGUGUGUGUGUGUGUGUGUGUGUGUGUGUGUGUGUGUUUAUGUAACCAUAAUCGCUGUCUGCACAUUUAAUGCAUUGUGUCUCAUGUAAGUGAUGCUGGAAAAAAAUGCAGCCAAUGAUUUAUAAACAUACGGAAAACAGGAAACGGUACUGUACACAGGACGCUUUUCGCACUCUCAGGUCCCAGUCUGCUCUUCACAGUACAUGCGGCUUGAUUUAAUUUAGAAAUAACUGAAAUGAAAACGAUUUCCAAGCGAAAUGUGUGCGAGUUUAAAAUGGGAGGUUCUUCCAGUAGAGUAGAUCAAAAGUCUGAAAAGUGAUCGGCAUCUCCGGGUCAAAAAAGGGGGCGGGGCUUAAUUGAUUUACAACGAAAUACUCAAGAACGAGGUUUAAGAAGCGCUGACGCACUCGUAAUCCCGGGCUACUGGUUUUAAUAGGAGACAUAACAAUUGGCUUGACUUUGUAAAUAGUUUACUGAAGUAACCGUUUAACAUCACAGAUAUACGCGAUAUCAAAACUACAAAACGCGGAAACAUGUCUUCACGUGAAGGUCCGCCUCCCGUUAGGUGAUACGAACGAAUCGACUUUUCAGUGUUGGAGCAGGAAGUCAUUGCACCGUGAUGGACUGGAAGCACAUGGCACCAGCGCGGCGCUCUCGUAUAUAAUUCUCUUUUUUCAAACAUCGUUCUGCCAUUAUUGCAUCAAAAUCCGAGUUUCUUCAGCAUUACCGCGUCUGAGGACCGUGCAGGGAUGGAGAAGAGGUUUCAAAAGGGAUUAGCUUUUCCACAGCCACGACGCUCUGACUUUAAAUAACGGAUCAGAAAGACUUGGUGUGGGACACCCACCAUGUAAUUAGGUUGAUGAUGACGAAAAGGCAGGAGAUGCAGCAGAGGAACCCACGUGUCCUCUCGUCCCGCCGUGUUCAUUCAUCUACACUGGAACACACUGCGCCAAGCCUUUCUGUCCCAUGCGUUACUGUCAACAUCAGCAAACAAGGGCUUCUUAGUGGCUGCUGCUGCAUUAUUUUAGUAAAGUAUAUUUACUUUUAUACCUCUCUCAAAUGAAAUAUAUUGUUUUAUCUAUUUUUUGUUUCUUUCCAGAGCAUUUAAAUUAAAAUUUAAAAUUCCGCCUCCCGAAA